AUAUUCCUUACCACCUCAUCUAUAUAAGAGUGCUACCCCUUUGGAUUUGCUUUUGUAUUUUCCUCUUGUUAUUAUCCAUUAUAUCUUCCUCCCCACCCUUAAACCAUGUCGGCUUUUGUUGGCAAGUAUGCAGAGGAGUUGAUCAAGAACGCCAAGUACAUCGCCACGCCAGGCAAAGGUAUUUUGGCGGCGGACGAGAGCACAGGCACCAUCGGGAAGCGUCUCUCGAGCAUCAACGUCGAGAACAUCGAGUCCAAUCGCCAAGCCCUCCGCGAGCUCCUUUUCACCUCUCCCAACGCAUUAUCCUGCCUCUCCGGUGUCAUUCUUUUCGAGGAAACACUUUACCAGAAAACAUCUGACGGGAAACCCUUCGUUGAAAUCCUCGAAGAGAACAAUGUCAUUCCAGGUAUCAAGGUCGAUAAGGGCACCGUUGAGAUAGCCGGCACCAAUGGCGAGACCACCACUCAAGGGUUUGACUCCUUGGGUGCGCGUUGUCAGCAAUACUAUAAAGCUGGUGCCCGUUUCGCCAAAUGGCGUGCGGUGCUCAAGAUCGGUCCCAACGAGCCAUCCGAGUUGGCGAUCCAGCAGAACGCGCAGGGUUUGGCUCGUUAUGCCAUCAUUUGUCAGGAAAAUGGGCUCGUCCCCAUUGUUGAGCCUGAGGUGCUAACUGAUGGCCCUCAUGAUAUUAAAAAAUGUGCCGCUGUCACUGAAACCGUGCUUGCCGCUGUUUACAAGGCGCUGAAUGAUCACCAUGUUUUACUCGAGGGCACCCUUUUGAAGCCCAACAUGGUCACUCCAGGUUCUGACAGCCCAAAGGUGGCACAAGAGGUGAUUGCGCAAUACACAGUAACCGCACUUCGCCGAACCGUUCCACCGGCAGUGCCGGGGAUUGUGUUCUUAUCAGGAGGCCAAAGCGAGGAAGAGGCGACGCAGAAUCUGGAUGCGAUGAACAAACUGGAAGUGUUGAAGCCAUGGACGCUGUCAUUCUCGUUCGGGCGAGCCCUGCAACAGAGCACGCUCAAGACAUGGGCGGGGAAGAAGGCGAAUGUUGGGAAAGCGCAAGAAGCGUUUUUAUCGAGAUGCAAAGCGAAUUCGGAGGCCACGCUGGGGAAAUACAGCGGAGGCAGUGCGGGUGGAUUGGCUUCAGAGAGCUUGUUUGUUAAGGGUUACAAGUAUUAAAGCAUUCAUAUGUUUGUUUGGGAGUUGGUUGAAUUUCUCAUCUAAUGGGGUGGUCUUGUACUAUAUAUGUUUUUAUUCCUACGACUCACUAAUUUCUGCUGUCAACUUAAUAUAUACUCUAUUUUUCAACCAA